CCCUGACAGCCAAAAUGGCGGCGGGGCAACAGUGGGUGUUAGUUGAGAUGGUGCAAGCUUUUUACGAGGCACCGGCAUAUCAUUUAAUCUUAGAAGGAAUCCUGAUCUUGUGGAUAAUCAGACUGUUGUUCUCAAAAACAUAUAAGCUGCAAGAGAGGUCUGAUCUCACUGACAAGGAAAAAGAGGAGUUAAUUGAAGAAUGGCAGCCAGAGCCUCUGGUUCCUCCUGUGAUGAAAGAUCAACCAUAUGUAAAUUAUGACGUUGUGACUGGCUCUCCAAGCCACAAAAUGAUUGUUAAUGGGAAAGAGUGCAUUAACUUUGCCUCAUUUAACUUCUUGGGCCUGCUCGAUAAUUCACGUGUUAAGCAAAAGGCACUUGCAUCUCUUAGGAAGUAUGGUGUGGGUACAUGUGGUCCAAGAGGCUUCUAUGGAACGUUUGAUGUUCACCUGGAGUUAGAGGAUCGCUUGGCUAAGUUUAUGAGAACAGAGGAGGCCAUCAUCUACUCCUACGGCUUCGCAACCAUAGCCAGCGCCAUUCCUGCCUACUCCAAGAGAGGCGACAUUGUAUUUGUGGAUGAGGCAGCAUGUUUUGCAAUCCAGAAGGGACUGCAGGCUUCCCGGAGCUUCAUUAAGUACUUCAAGCACAACGACAUGGAGGAUCUGGAACGACUGCUGAAGGAGCAGGAGGUGGAAGACCAGAAGAAUCCACGCAAGGCCAGAGUCACCAGAAAAUUCAUUGUUGUAGAAGGCCUGUAUAUGAACACAGCAGACAUCUGCCCUCUCCCACAGCUGAUGAAGCUGAAGUACAAGUAUAAAGUACGCAUCUUUUUGGAAGAAAGCAUGUCUUUCGGUGUGCUUGGAGAGCAUGGCCGAGGCGUCACUGAACACUUCGGAGUUAAUAUAGAUGACAUUGACCUCAUAAGUGCCAACAUGGAGAAUGCAGUUGCAUCCAUAGGUGGAUUCUGCUGUGGACGAUCAUUUGUAAUUGAUCAUCAGCGUCUGUCUGGACAGGGCUACUGUUUCUCAGCGUCGCUUCCACCCAUGUUGGCUACUGCUGCUAUUGAGGCCCUCAACAUCAUGGAGGAGGACCCAGAAAUUUUUACCAUCCUGAGAGAAAAGUGUAAAUAUGCCCACAAAGCACUGCAAGGAAUUCCAGGCUUGAAGGUUGUUGGGGAGCCGUUUGCUCCAGCACUCCAUCUCCAGCUGGUGAACAGCACUGGAUCCAGGGAGAGUGAUGUCAGGACACUACGCUCCAUCAUUGACUAUUGUAUGGACAGGCAAAUAGCCCUGACUCAGGCUCGCUACCUAGACAAAGAGGAGCGUUUCCUUCCACCACCCAGCAUCAGAGUGGUGGUGACUGUUGAGCAGACUGAGGAGGAAAUUGAGAAAGCAGCAUCCUGUAUUCAAAAGGCAGCUCUUGCUAUACUUAAAUGAUUGCAAAUGUCUCCAGCAUGGCGACAGACACUAAAAUCAACAAUAACACAUCUGUCCAGCUGCAGACUAUCUCUUAUUCUGUGCUUCAUGGUGCUUUAGCCAUGGCUGUUGGAACUGCAAACGUCAGACAUUCCAUGCACCGUUCACCAUGAGAACUGAAUUAAUAAUUGCUGCAUUUUUGUUUCUUUAUAAAUAUUCUUUCUGAAACACUGAUCUGUUUUGAGUUUCGGUUUCACAUUGAAAUGAAUGUAGAAGUCCCAUUCACCAUAUAUAUAUUUAUGUUCCAUCUGAUGCCUUGAAUGAAAGUUGCAACGGUUGAUCGAACUACAGUACAGUACAUACUAAAAGCAGAUUUCAAAGCUAGACAGAACACAUUAUACACAAGUUUCUUUUAUAUACAGUGUUUGGGUUUCUUCCUUCAACAUUUCCAUAAGAGACAUUUCACAGUGCUUUUUUUAUUUAAUGAAAAGUACAUUUUGGGAUUUUUGUGUUGUUUUUUUAUGAUAUUUUUUAAUUCUGGAAAAUUUUGUAUUGUUUUUACAUGAUUUAUUAUUUUUUCCAUAUCUUACAUGAAACUGUCAGCUUGUUUUGAUGGAAUGACUGCAUCUAGCAUUAUGGACACAUUUUCCUUUUCCUUUUAUUUUAUUACUGAUAUUGAUUAAAUUUCAGUCUUAGAUAAAAAGGUACCAAUACGCAACAUUAAGAGUCCUUGGGUUUAUAAGACUCCUAAAACAGAGGGGUCCCCUUUCAGAAAUUGUUUAAUGUUGAACCCUUUAAUAAGUUAAAACCAUCAAGCAUCUAAAGAACCCACAAUGAAUCUUAUAUUAUUGUUAUUUAUUUCAUUAUUAUUAUUAUUAUUACUGGAUCCCAUGUUAAUUUUUGGAGACAAAAUAGUUAUUUAACUUUUGGUUUUACAAAUGAUAAAGAUGAAAUACAUUUAGCAAUAAUAUAAAAUAAAGGUUUUUUUUAUAUCCAAUUCCUCACCCUAAAAAACAAAAACCGUUAAACAUAAUACUGUAAAAGGUUCUUUGGUUUCUCAUGCAGGGGGAACCUUUUAAAGGUUCCAUGUAGAAUCCCACAACAGAUUGUUUCUUUUUAUGUCCCAAAUAGUGCUACAACCAUUACAAUCCAAAGAACUCUUAAUGCGUCCUUUUUUUCUAAGCGUGUAUAAAGAGCAUAUCGUGUAUUGCUGCUAAUUAUGUUGGGUUUCCUUUAAUAAAAUCAGUUUGUAAAUUGUG